GGGCGGGCCCUGCACGUGGAGCUGCCGUCUCAGCAGGAACGGGCCCGGGGAAGCCCUGCGGCCCCGCCAGAGGCGGGGACAGUGCUUUUCCUCUCCCUGCCCACCCGCGGAGAAUCCCGUGGCUACUCGUUCCUUCCGGAGAAGCGAGGAGUCGUUCAGCGUCGUCUUAGACACCUUCGGAACAUUGCUGCCCGGAACAUUGUGAACAGAAAUGGCCAUCAACUCCUUGAUACCUACUUCACACUUCACUUGUGUAAUUCUGAAAAGAUAUAUAAAGAAUUUUAUAGAAGUGAAGUGAUUAAGAAUUCCUUGAAUCCAACGUGGCGGAGUCUCGAUUUUGGAUUAAUGCCCGACCGCCUUGAUACCUCUGUGUCCUGUUUUGUGGUGAAGAUAUGGGGAGGGAAGGAGGCCACCUACCAGCUGCUGAUUGAGUGGAAAGUCUGCCUGGACGGGCUGAAGUACUUGGGUCAGCAGAUUCAUGCCCGCAACCAAAAUGAAAUAAUAUUUGGGCUGAAUGAUGGCUACUAUGGUGCUCCAUAUGAACAUAAGGGUUAUUCAAAUGCUCAGAAGAACAUUCUUCUUCAGGUGGAUCAGAACUGUGUUCGCAAUUCUUAUGAUGUCUUCUCUUUGCUGCGGCUUCAUAGAGCCCAGUGUGCAAUUAAACAGACUCAGGUAACUGUUCAGAAAAUUGGAAAAGAAAUUGAAGAAAAACUAAGACUCACAUCUACAAGCAAUGACCUGAAAAAAGAAAGUGAGUGUCUGCAAUUAAAUAUUUUGGUGCUUCGAAAUGAACUGGAAAGACAAAAGAAAGCUUUGGGACGGGAGAUGGCAUUACUGCAUAAGCAACAAAUUGCAUUACAGGACAAAGGCAGUACGUUUUCAACUGAGCGCCUCAAGCUUCAACUCCAGAAGGAAUCCCUAGAUGAGCUGAGGAAAGAGCGCACUGCGAAAAGAGAACUUUUCCUGAAGACUAAUGCUCAGUUGACAAUUCGUUGCAGGCAGUUACUAUCUGAGCUUUCCUACAUUUAUCCAAUUGAUUUGAAUGAGCAUAAGGAUUAUUUUGUAUGUGGUGUCAAAUUGCCCAAUUCUGAGGACUUCCAAGCAAAAGAUGAUGGAAGCAUUGCUGUUGCCCUUGGUUACACUGCACAUUUGGUCUCCAUGAUUUCCUUUUUCCUGCAAGUGCCCCUUAGAUAUCCUAUAAUUCAUAAGGGAUCUAGAUCAACAAUCAAAGAUAAUAUCAAUGACAAGCUGACAGAAAAGGAGAGAGAGAAUGUGACCUAAUUGAAAAAUCUCUGUUCAUGUAAAAACUCCCAAAAGUCUAUAGUUCGAUUCCAUUAUAACUACCUAAGGGUGCACCAUGGGACAGGCAUGAAGAUGAAAAAACAUAUGCUCGUGCAGAAUUGUAGACUGUGUUUUAGAACAAGACAGAAGAUUGCUAGGUCAUAGGAUUAAUUUUUCAUUUCACAAAUGAAGAAGAAGCAGGUUGAAAGAUGAAGUGAGGUCAUAUCACAAGUUAUAAGCAUUCCCUCUGAUAUGGCCCACUGAGGAAAGCAAGCCCAGAAGAUGGUGUGCUUAUUGUAGUGUGGUACUUUUAAGCAAGCAUUAAGGAGGUGUAAGAAAUGUGUUUAUUAAAAUGAGUCCGUGUCUGAAAAAUACCCCUUUUCCUAAUUUAGGGAAAGGUCCCCAGGAAAAAAUGACGUGAUGUGAAUCCAUAUAUGUUAAGCAAAGUCACUAUGUUAAGUUCUCAUUGAAAAUGUUAAUUAUUUAAAUCCCAUUUAUCAGUUGGUUCACUUAACUUUUUCUCUCUCUCUCUAAAAAGUACAAUGUGAAAUGCCCCUCUUCCCUUCUUUCUUGCCUCGACUUGUUUAUACUUAGUGGAGUUUGUUUUAUAUUUUUAAUUAUUUAGGACUUUGGAGUUAUGUUGGUGUCACUGAGUGACUGUGGUAAUGUCCUCUCUGAGUCUUGGUUCACCUCGUACAAUACCUAUUCCACUAGAUUAACAUGAGUAUUAAAUAAUGCACAGUGUUUGGCAUAUAGAACAUGCUCAAUAAAAUUUUGCAACCAUUA